CAGAAAUGAGAAAGAGAAUCAUAAGGAGCCACUUUUUCUGCCACUGAAAAGAAGCAGGUGUGGAGCAGGAAAUAAAACAAUGGGAAACCCAAAAGGCAGAAAGGAAGUCAGCCAAGGAAACAGGAAAACACAUCCAGCCUCCCGGGCUGUUGAUGUUUGAGAAUUCCUGACCAUAUGGGGAAAAAAAGACUGAGUUUCACAUCAACAGAAAUACACUCACACGUAUCUCAGACUUGAAGAAAAAGCAGAGACUGCUUGAGGGGGGAAGCCAAAGAGCAUGGAACAGGAAAACAGCGUAACUAUGAAUAAUACUUCUAUUUCACCUGAAAAAAUCCUGACCAAAAAAUGCUUACAGAAUGGAGAGAGCUUUUGUAACCUGAAUGCACAUCAACGAAUUCACACUGGGGAGAAACCAUAUAAAUGCAUGGAAUGUGGAAAGAGAUUCAAUCACAACAGUUCCCUGGGUUCCCAUCAAAGAACUCACACUGGGGAGCAACCAUAUAAAUGCAUGGAAUGUGGAAAGAGAUUCAAUCACAACAGUUCCCUGGGUUCCCAUCAAAGAACUCACACUGGGGAGCAACCAUAUAAAUGCAUGGACUGUGGGAAGAGCUUCACUAAGAGUGGUACCCUUAGGUCACAUCAAAGAACUCACACUGGGGAGAAACCAUAUGAAUGCAUGGAAUGUGGAAAACGCUUCAGCCAAAGCAGUAUCCUCAGUAGACAUGGAACAGUUCACACUGGAGACAAACCAUAUAAGUGCAUCGAUUGUGGAAAGGGCUUCAGUCAGAGCGGUGCCCUGAGUGCACAUCAAAGAAUUCACAAAGGAGAGAAACCAUAUAAAUGCAUGGAAUGUGGAAAGAGCUUUAGCCAAACCAGUAUCCUCAGUAGACAUCUACGAACUCACACAGGGGAGAAACCUUAUAAAUGCAUGAAAUGUGGAAAGAGCUUUAGUGAGAAAAGGACCCUGUGUAUACAUAUACGAACUCACACAGGGGAGAAACCAUAUAAAUGUAUAGAAUGUGGAAAAACCUUCAGUUGCAACAGUAGCCUUCACUCACAUCGAAGAAUUCACACUGGGGAAAAACCAUAUAAAUGCAUGGUGUGUGGAAAGAGCUUCAGUGGCAGCAGUAACCUUAGUUUACAUCAAAGAAUUCACACUGGGGAGAAACCAUAUAAAUGCAUAGUAUGUGGAAAGAGCUUCAGAGGCAGCAGUAACCUUAGUUUGCAUCAAAGAAUUCACACUGGGGAGAAACCAUAUGAAUGCAUGGUAUGUUGGAAGAGUUUUUGUGACAGUGGAUCAUAUGCUAGACAUCAAAGAACCCACACUGGGGAGAAACCAUAUAAAUGCAUGGAAUGUGGAAAGAGCUUCAGUCGCAGCAAUAUCCUUAGUUCACAUCAAAGAAUUCAUACAGGGGAGAAACCAUAUGAAUGCAUGGAAUGUGGGAAGCGCUUCCGUCAAAGCGCUAACCUUAGUUUACAUCAAAGAACCCACACAGACGAGAAACCAUAUGAAUGCAUGGAUUGUGGAAAGUAUUUCAGUACCAACAGUAGCCUCAUGUUACAUCGAAGAACACACACUGGGGAGAAACCAUAUAAAUGCAUGGAAUGUGGAAAGAGUUUUAGCCAGAGUGGUAUCCUCAGUAGACAUCUAAGAACUCACACAGGGAAAAACCACAUAAAUGCGUGAAAUUCACCUCAGGGGUCAUGAAAGAACCCACACAGGAUAAACCAUAUAACUGCAUGGAAUGAGCUGCACUUUCAUCAGUAGCUUUUGUUUACAUCCAAACUCAUACAGUGGAGAAAGCAUAUAGUGAAUGAAAGGUUUAAAAUCAUCAGCAAGAGCAGUAGUCUUACUGGACAUGAAACAGAUCCAGGGGCAAAACCACACAGGGGAAAAGGAUUGGAAUAGGAAUAGUAAAAGGAAUGUGAGAAGAGCUACAAUACUAGUGGAAACCUUACUAAAUAUCAAAAGAGUGACUGUUAUUUCUCAUAUAUAAGAGAAGUGACCUUACUGAGGACGACAGAGCACACCCAGCACCGAAACCACACCACUUCAGUGAAAAUCUGGAAAGACCUAGAGUCCCAAUAGAAACCUUAUUAAAUGUCAGAGGAGAAAGUGUGUAGUUGAAAUAUAUGGAAAGCACUCAUGUUUAGGUAUGUGGAACUUUGAAACAUUCUGUUAAUGAAGGAAAUGUAUUUGACAUCAUAGAAAAAAACAGAGAAAAUUUGAAUAAUG